AUGGCUUCCGCUGGCCUAGAACUCCUAGGCAUGACGCUGGCUGUGCUGGGCUGGCUGGGGACCCUGGUGUCCUGCGCCCUGCCCCUGUGGAAGGUGACGGCCUUCAUCGGCAACAGCAUUGUGGUGGCCCAGGUGAUGUGGGAGGGGCUGUGGAUGUCCUGCGUGGUGCAGAGCACAGGCCAGUUGCAGUGCAAGGUCUACGACUCGAUGCUGGCGCUGCCCCAGGACCUGCAGGCUGCCCGAGCCCUCUGCGUCGUCGCCCUCCUGCUCUCCCUGCUCGGUCUGCUGGUGGCCAUUACGGGAGCCCAGUGCACCACCUGUGUGGAGGACGAAGGUACAAAAGCCCGAAUUGUGCUCACCGCGGGCGUCAUCCUCCUCCUCUCAGGCAUCCUGGUUCUCAUCCCCAUCUGCUGGACGGCCCACGCCAUCAUCCAGGACUUCUACAACCCCCUGGUGGCCGAGGCCCUCAAGCGGGAGCUGGGGGCCUCCCUCUACCUGGGCUGGGCAGCAGCUGCCCUGCUCAUGCUGGGCGGGGGCCUCCUCUGCUGCACAUGCCCCCCGCCCCAGAUCGACCGGCCCCGAGGACCCAGGCUGGGCUACUCCAUCCCCUCCCGCUCCGGCACCUCUGGAAUGGACAAGAGGGACUAUGUGUGA